AUGUGGUUUGGGCCCAUAAUGUGUAGCCUGCCUUUGAGUAUUGCUCGCCUACUUACAGGUCUCUUACUGUGGACACAAUUUGGUUUCACAGCAACAGUCCCGGAGCCACCAAAACUUUCAUUUCUCUACACAGCAUAUGUGGAGUGUGAAGAUAAUCUUAUGACCGCAGCGGUUGGCCCGCAUGGAAUCCGAAAGGCCAUCCCCAUUAUAGGCGGAAAUUUUAGCGGUCCGCAUCUAUCUGCACUGUAUCUAAACAGUACAGGGAAAAUUCUCAAUGUUGGGGCCGAUUGGGGAUUAACAGAUCCCCACACAAACAUCUUUUCAGCGGAUACUCGAUACAAUCUCCGCACAGAUGAUGGGGCAGAUAUCUUCAUUCAAACUUCCGGGCCCAAGGCACCGGAUAAUCAUCUACACUUACGCCUUGUCUUCGAAACAGGGAGUCCAAAGUACUAUUGGUUGAAUAAUAUUGUUGCAAUCGGUAUUUUAACUUCUGGCCUCCCGGCGCCCAGCAAUAUAAGCUUAUUACGAAUCGACGCAUGGAAUUUUGCUUCGGAUUGGAAUGCGACUCACUUUGUCAAUACCUCUGCGGCUGUAUAG